AUGGCUACCAAAUUAAAGAGUGCAAAGUCGAUCGUUCCUCUUUUGGAUCGUAUCCUCGUCCAACGUGUCAAGGCUGACCCCAAGACCGCUUCCGGCAUCUUCUUGCCCGAAAAGAGCCUCGAAAGGUUGUCCGAAGGCCGUGUCAUUGCUACUGGAAAGGGCUUGAUGAACAAGACGGGUGCUCCCACUCCUCCUAGUGUCACUCCAGGCGAUCGUGUUUUGUUACCUGCUUUUGGUGGAAGCAACAUCAAAGUUGGCGAGCAGGAAUACAGCCUCUACCGUGAUCAUGAAUUGUUGGCUGUAAUCAAAGAGUAA